AUGCAGAUAUCGCUACUAUUAACUAUAAUAUAUUCCUUUUUAUCGUUAACUAUAACACAUGCACGCUUCAUAGAUCAAACAGUAUUCUCUCCUCAACUCCAACACCAAAACCAAGCUCAAAAUCAAGCAUCAUGGCCUCCAGUAAAAGAUGGUAAAUUACCAAUACACAACAUAGACAUAGACCUCUUAUCACGACAACCAUCAUUAUCACCAAACAUAUCAUUAUUGAAAAAGGGUGAUAACAUGGCAAUAAGUUCUGAUUUGGAGAUAUGUAAUAAUUUAACAAUGAAUGAAAUAUUAUUGAAAUUCCCAAAUUCAACAGCUAUAGAUGCAUCCAUUACUCAAACAUUAUGUAUAGGAAUGAUUAAUUUCUUUAAUAGUGGGAUAGGUGGUGGUGGAUAUGCUACCAUAUUCAACAGACAUCAUAACGAUCCUGAUACUACUGAUGUUAAAGACAAAUACGAACACGAAGGUAUAACGAUAGAUUUUAGAGAAAUGGCCCCCAUGAAAGCGGAAAAAUCAAUGUUUAAAGAUAAACCAGAUUGGGCUUCUAAAAUAGGUGGGGUUUCUAUCGCUAUACCGGGUGAAUUAAUGGGUCUUUGGGAAUUAUAUGAUCAAUUUGGUAGUGGAUCCAUUAAAUGGUCCCAAUUAUUGGAACCAAUAAUCAAACUGGGGAAUCAAGGUUGGGAAGUAGAUGAAGUAUUGGCUAUGACAUUAUCUAUGUAUGAACCCAUUUUCUUGGCAAUGCCAGAAGAUUGGUCCUUCGUUUUGAAUUCAACAAAGAAUGGAGUCUUGAAACAAGGGGAUAUUAUUAAGAGACCUAAUUUAGCAAAUACAUUAAAUAUCUUGGCAAAAAAUGAAUCAGUGGCACCAUUUUACGAUCCAAAUCACCCUUUGGUCAAAUCAAUGGUUGGUAAGAUUAACCAAUAUGAUGGGAUUUUCCAAACUAAUGAUUUCACAAAUUAUAAUGUUAACAUUGAAAAACCUUUAAUGGGAAAGAUUAGGAAAGGUGAAAGACAUAUACCUGAAAAUGAUUUAACUGUAUUGACAAGUUCUGGAUCAAGUUCAGGUGCAGCAUUGUUAUCCGCUUUAUCAAUAAUGGAUAAUUUUGAUACUGUCGAAGGUGGAGAUUAUCAAGAUCAAACAACAUUCCAAUUAAUUGAAACUAUGAAAUGGAUGGCAAGUGCAAGAACUAGAUUGGGCGAUUUUUCAUCAUCAGUGGAUUCACCUGACAUUCAUGAAAAUAUUCAAACUAUUUUGAAUUCAAAAUGGAUUAAUAAUGCAACAGAAUCAAUUUGUAAAAAUUCUUUUCCAUCUCCAAAAACAAUGGAAAAUUUUACAAUGUAUAAUCCAUUAUAUCAAUUGAAUGAUCCACAUGGGACAGCUCAUUUCAGUAUAAUUGAUCAGAAUAAUAAUGCUGUCUCUUUAACAACGACAAUCAAUUUAUUAUUUGGCUCAUUAAUUCAUGAUCCAAUUACAGGCGUAAUAUUUAAUAAUGAAAUGGAUGAUUUUUCUCAGCCAAAUGGUCCUUCAAAUAGUUUUGAUUUAACUCCAUCCAUUUUUAAUUUCCCUGAACCAGGUAAAAGACCUCUAUCAUCCGCUGCUCCAACAAUUAUAUUAAAUGAACUAGGUAAACCAGAUUUUGUUGUGGGAGCUUCAGGUGGUUCAAGAAUAACAACAAGUAUAUUACAAGCAAUAAUAAGAACUUACUGGUAUAAAAUGCCUUUAUUAGAAACAAUAGCUUAUCCAAGAAUUCAUCAUCAAUUAUUACCUGAUCAAUUAGAAGUGGAAAAUAUUACAAUGAUUGGUAAAGAAACUGUUAAUAAUUUGAAAAAUAUGGGGUAUACAAUUAUUGAAUCCUUCCCAAAAAGUUGUAUUAAUGCUAUCAAGAAAAAUACAAAAAGUUUGGAAUGGUUUGCCGUUAGCGAUUUCUGGAGAAAAAGAGGAGUUUCUUGCGUAAAUUGA